GGCUAAUACAACAAAAAAAACCACCUUGCAGAAAGAGAUGCCCAUUUCAAGUCAGUGCUCUUGGUUGUGGAGCUGACUGAUAUAGACUGAAUAUGGGCUGUUAUGUUUAGCUAUGGGACAGACACAGCAGACAGGGAAUUGUGAGGAGAUCGAUGUCAAAUCCCUUCAGGAUAUGUAUAAGAAAUUUGUCCUAGAGUGCCCAAGUGGAGUACUUUUUCUGCAUGAGUUUAAACGUUUCUUUGGAGUGGACCCAACUGGGGAAGCAUCUGAUUAUGCAGAGAACAUGUUCCGGGCCUUUGACAAGAAUGGGGACAACACAAUCGAUUUCCUAGAGUUUGUGGCAGCACUGAAUCUUGUUUUUCGGGGAGACCUGGAGCAUAAAUUACGCUGGUCAUUCAAGGUGUAUGACAAAGACGGCAAUGGCUACGUGGACAGGAAUGAGCUGCGGUCGAUAAUUGAUAGCAUCUAUCGGAUCAAGAAAUUCUCAAAAAAAGACAUGAACGAGCCCAGUCUGUCGGUUGAUGAGGUCGUGGAACGAAUAUUAGACGCUGUUGACUUUGACAGAGAUGGUCACAUUACUUUGGAGGAAUUUGUUAAAGGGGCACAGCAAGAUUCAUGGGUUCUUAAUAUGUUAAGGUUGGACAUGAAUCCGGCUGGAUGGGUCCUGGAACAGAACAGAAGAAAGAGUGCUAACUUCUGAUGUGUAAACUUUGCCUUUGCUGUGAUGUAAAAAGGACCCAAUCAUGGAAAAAAUUCAAGACUUUUUUUGCCUGAUUUUCUUCCAUACCUCUUUGCUGUUUCUUUAAAAAAAAACAGGUUUUCCUUGACAAAUAGAGGCUUUAUUGCUUCCAUAAUUUUUUAUCAGUUAACUGUAAUUUGGUUUUUCACACCAUGAGAACCCAUUGCAAGAAUUAUUUAUAACUAUAAAGAAUAUAAAGAAAAGCUGCUUAUUAGUUUGUAAACAUGUUUCUUUACACUGACUUAAGAUGUUCUAUUAUUCUUUCCUGUUUAGUUUAUAUUUUAUGGUGCAUGUACAUAAAUCAACAGCCUUCUUUUCAUGAAGUGUCAAUGUGUAAAUAAGUUAAUAUAAUGUUUUUCUUUUUUCAAAAUGCUUGUGUGCUUAUUCUUUUAUUGUGCGCCCAUCAGCAACCCAUAGUUAUCAUUGAAAUAAAAAUAACUAAAUAUAUAAGUUAAAG